CCUGAGGGGUUGCAAACGACGUGUCGUAUGGAAGAUGUCAACACCCAAUUUUUUGUCGUACUCAUGAAUAGUCGUCAUGCCUCAGGUAAGCAUUGUGGCAAAACCUCGUAAUUAUAUCAAAUCUGAUGGGCGUAUGUAUAAAUUCGGCCCGAUAUUUGUACCACAGUGACGUGUCUUGCAUGCGCAUCCGAAAUCUUCUCUCCUAGCCUCAUCCGAUCUCUACAAACAAACACACCUUCCCACAAUCCACACCGUCCGCUAGUCCACGUCACCAAUCCUCGCAAUCCCAAUCCGACGGCUAAUGAUUGCGCAAUAAUGCUAAUAGUCUGGUAGGUGCAGCUCCCCUCCGAACCCUAGCCACGGCGAAAGACAAACGAGCCCCUCUUCUCUCUUUUUAGAGGUUUAUCCCCGACUCCACCCACCCGCCCAAUACGAAGAGGAGAGAGAGAGCGAAAGAGAAAAAAGAAAACAAAUUGGGGAGCAAAAAAAACAAACAGGCCUCCUUUGCUAUUUGCUUAUUGCUCCUGAGGCAUCCCCAGCUUUGCAGAACAGAGAGGAGUCCGUACAUCUCAAUAAAAUUAGGGUUUAAACAAGAGAGGGGGAAUUGGGGUUUCAAUUCGGCGUCGUUUUGAUAAUUUGGAUUGGGAAUUGAGGCUGAAAGUAGGGUUAGAGAGUCUGUUUCAUCGGUUUGGGUUUGUUUGGAGAAAUUUAGAGGGUGAGUUUUGUGAGUUUGAUUUGUAUGAGAUAAAAAGAGAGCGGUUGGAUUAAAUUGAUGGACGAGAUCUGGGAGCGAGCCAUUGAGACAGCGCUAGACGGCGAGACGGACCACGCUGCGGCUCGAGUGCUGACUCUUGAUGGUGCGGUCAAGUGCGUCCAGGGCCGGCUACCUCCUCCGGGCGUUCUAGAGAAGUUCCAGAACCUUCAGCAUCUCUCGAUUGCAAACGUCAGCGUUUCGUCCCUGGAGCAGUUCCCUAGGCUGCGCAACCUCCACUCGCUCAUACUCUCCGACAAUCGAAUCGCCGCAGGGCUGGAGUUUCUCGUGGAGGCCGGGCUGGACUCGCUGAGGGAUUUGGAUUUGUCCAACAAUCGGAUUCAGUUUAUCGAAGAUCUAGCGCCGCUGGCGCAGCUGAAGCUGACGUCGCUUGAUCUGUACGAGUGUCCGGUGACGAGGGUCAAGGAUUACCGAUCUAGGGUUUUCGGGUUGAUUAAAUCGUUGAAGUAUUUGGAUAAGAUGGAUGCGGAGGAGAACGAGCCGCCGGAGAGUGAGGAUGAGGAGGAGGAGGAUGAGGAAGACGAGGAUGACCCCGGGAGCGGAGAGAUUGAUGGGGAGGAUCGGCCGUUGAGGAUGAGUAAUGGCCACAGUGCGGCGGCGGAAGGGGUGGUGGAUGUUGAUGAGGAUGAGGAGAGUGAUGCCGAUGAGGAGGAGACUUUGACUGCCACUAGGGUGAAUGGACAGAGUCAUCUUGCGGUGGAGAAUGGGUUCCGGGUCGCUCCUGUGGCCGGGGAGAAUGGGGAAGAGGAUGAUGAGGACGACGAUGAGAACUACUCGGGCGAGGAGAUUGAUGAGGAGGACAGCGAGGAUGAUGAAGUGGUGGAGGUGCAUGAGAUUGAGAGUAGUGAUGAUGAUGAUGAGGAUGGGGUGGAGUAUGAUGAGGAGGAUGAAGAUGAGGAGGAGGAGGAGGAGGAAGUGGAUAAUGAUGAGGGGGGUUUGGCGGCGCCUGAGAGUACAGGGAGAUUAGCAAGCGCAGAAGGAGAGAUUGAUGGCCAUGAGCAGGGAGAGGAUGACGGGGAUGAAGAUGAUGAUGGAGAGACUGGGGAGGAGGAGCUGGGUGUUGAGGAUGAGGGACCGGUUGAGGUUGAAGAUGAAGAUGAAGAUGGUGAGGAAGAGGAGGAUGACUUUGGCGGAGGUUACGUAAUGCAACCUGUGGCCCAGGCUGAGGAAGAAGAUGCUGGCGGCAGUGACAUGGACGCAGAGAAUGAAGAAGGUGAUGGUGAAGAGGAUGAGGUGGAAGUCGAAGAGGAUGAUGAUGAUGAAGUCCAGGUUCUGCCUCCCUCCUCUUCAUCACAGCACAAGAGAAAAAGAGAUGAAGCUUCAGAUUCAGACGACAAUGGUGAGGACGAUGAGGAAGACGAUGAUGUGGUUGAGUACAGCAAGUCUUCGAAGAAGCACCGUUGACGCUCAGUGGAUCCCCUGCCAAAUGCUUAUGUGUUCUUGUUGAUGCCUUUUUUCCUUAGCUUGGAGACAGAAGAAACUCAGAUUUAGAUUUAGAUUGGUUGGUAGGUUAGAGAGAUGAGAGACCAGUUAGUUAUUUUCAUGGAUCUUCUUGGACAAACAUAAUAUUAUGAUAUUAUGGUGGUCUGUCAAGGAAAGGGUCGUUGCGUCCUCGGAUGCAAUGGAACUUUUGAAUUUUCAAAAAGUCGUUGGUGUUUUGAUCCCUCCUUACUUGUAGCCGUUACUGUGUGGUGAUUCAAAUGGCAGUUAUUGGCGGUUCUGGUUCAUCAGGAGUCAGGUUCAAUAGAGAGGGAAGUAUAUGGAGGGAAAAUUGAGGACUCAAAUUCUUGUUGUUUUGAGUUAUGUUUGUCCAAGCUAGGGUUUUUUUUUUUUGGUUGGAGGAAAAAGGGAAUUCUGUAAAAUGCCUUGUAGAUAGUUUUCAUGAAUGAAUGAUGCGACUUAA